UUGCCCCCUUCCCACGCUGAAGCAUGGUGGUGCAGGACAGCAUGGACACCCCUGGCGUGCCACUGGAGCCCUUCCUGCACCAGGUCGGAGGUCACCUGAGCGUACUGAAGUAUGAUGAGUAUACGGUGUGUAAGCCCCUCAUCUCCCAGGAGCAGAGGUUCUACGAGUCCCUGCCACUGGCCAUGAAGCGCUUCACUCCGCAGUACAAAGGCACCAUCACCGUGCACCUCCGGAAAGACAGCCGAGGCCAUCUCAGCCUGGUUGCCAACCCACUGAAGGAGAUCCGGGGGCCCUUCCAGGUCUCCACGGAGUCGGCGGCCGUGGCCAUAUGGCAGACCCUCCAGCAGACCACCAGCAGCGGUGGUGCCCUCCCCCUCCCCCAGUGGCAGCACACCCAGCUGGCACACUCACUCAAGGAGAGCCCAGCCACAGCACUCCUGAGGCCCGAGCUCCACCUCAAGGCCCAAGUCCCCUCCCUGGUGGAGGAUGUGAACGGGAACCAGACAGAGAGGAGAAGCUUUAACCCGUGGGGCCUGCACUGCCACCAGGCCCACCUGAGCCGCCUGUGCGCUGAGUACCCUGAGAACAAGAGGCACCGGUUCCUGCUGCUGGAAAACGUCGUGUCACAGUACAAGCAUCCCUGCAUCUUAGACCUGAAGAUGGGGACCCGGCAGCACGGGGACGAUGCGUCGGAGGAGAAGAAGGCCCGCCACAUGAGGAAGUGUGCACGGAGCACCUCGGCCUGCCUGGGCGUGCGCAUCUGCGGCAUGCAGGUUUAUCAAACCGAUAAGAAGCACUUUCUCUUCAAAGACAAGUACUAUGGAAGAAAACUCUCAGUGGAGGGCUUCAGGCAAGCGCUUUAUCAGUUCCUACACGAUGGGACCCGGCUCCGGAUGGAGCUGCUAGAGCCCAUCCAGCGCCAGCUCCGGGCCCUCCUCUCAGUCAUUAGGAGCCAGAGUUCAUACCGGUUCUACUCCAGCUCUCUCCUCAUCAUCUACGAUGGGCAGGAGACUCUGCAGAUGCCCCACGGCAGCAAUGUCGUCAAAGUUGACAUCCGGAUGAUCGACUUUGCUCACACAACAUACAAAGGCUCCUGGAAUGAACACACCACCUACGAUGGACCGGAUCCAGGCUAUAUCUUUGGCCUGGAAAACCUCAUCCAGAUCUUGCAGGAUAUUCAAGAAGGAGAAUGA